AUCCUUAAAAUUGUGAAACUGGUUUUUGCAGAUUACUGUUAUAAAUUUUCGCUGUUAAUAACAGUGCAGCUGUUAAUAACAUUUUACGGCACUGCAAAAUGGCAUCGUCUUCUUCUUAACAAAUUGUUUUGUUUGGGGUUUGAGGCCAGACAGUCAGAGACCCAUUAAUUUUAAACAAAGGACCACGUUUCAGGACAUUCAUCCCGAGGUCAACAAGCAGCAGCAGCAGCAGACGACGGUCAAGUGAAAGUUUCCCAGCUUAGUCGCAUUUCAAGAGCAGUCGCGACCAGUCAUGAAUAAGCGCAACAACAUUCGGCUGCCGCCGGAGGUGAAUCGGCUUCUAUACGUGCGCAAUUUACCAUAUAAAAUCACAUCGGACGAGAUGUACGAUAUAUUCGGCAAGUUCGGUGCCAUACGUCAAAUUCGCGUUGGCAACACACCCGAGACUCGCGGCACCGCCUUUGUUGUCUACGAAGACAUCUUCGAUGCGAAGAACGCCUGCGAUCAUUUAUCCGGUUUCAAUGUGUGCAAUCGUUACCUUGUCGUCCUCUAUUAUCAGUCCAACAAGGCGUUCAAGCGCGUGGAUGUGGACAAGAAACAGGAUGAGCUCAACAACAUUAAAUCCAAGUACAAUCUAAAGACUCCGGAGGCACCCUAAGGCACCACAAAAAAUAGUUUUUUCCAAAAGAUUUUUGUAUCAUCAAUUAAACAUCAUCACAUCAUCCACACUCAUCUCAACCACCAAAAAACAUCAUCAUGCAUCUUUGCUGAAGUUUUGAAUAUUUCACAAUCAUUGCCAAACCGAAGUAUUCGAAAUGCAGCAGGAAAAAACCAACAUAAAAACACAUUCAUAAAAAUAACAAGCAAGUAAAAGUAAAAAAAAAAUGGUAAAAUAAAAUUAGAAAUGAA